CCGCCUGCCAUUGACAGUGCUGACCCACGGUCCUUGACUUCGCUCGGCCUCACGAUCGCUCCUUCAAUCUUCACACCUGCGAACGUGGCGUGACUGCCUGAUCGCGACACAUUCCAGGUAGCUCCGGGCAACGACGACGGCUGUGGUUGCGACCCUGAAGAGCAAGAGCUCUGCCUGCCGUCUGGGCCGCCGAUUACCUCUCCACACCCUACGACUCUAAUUCCAACAACAUCCAAUUCUACCCACAGAUGUGAUACACGCUCGACCGGGAAUCCGUGAACAGCCAGCAGCGUACCGCCCAAGCUCAAGCCCAAGCCCAAAUCCGGGAUCCGUGAAGCGCUUCGUCAUCACUCUCCAGUUCCACGCGGCAAGCCAUCAUCUUUCUGCCACCACGACUGUACAGCCUGCAGCUCAUCUGGACCGCUGUUCGCCUGCUGCACUGCACUGCUCUGUGCUAUAACGACGACUGCCGGAGUGAACCCCUCGAACAUCAUCAUCAUCACCCUAACCCAGACCCCACUUGCAUCUGAGACUGAGACUGAGCCCCCGACUGCAGUACACAUACCGACCGGGCCAUUUGGAUGCUGCAUGCCCCUUUGAUGCUCGACCAGGCAUAGCAGCACACCAACCUCAGGCAACACAUUGGCUCCACGCUCAAGCUCCCUCCCAACGACUCAUCUCUUCCGCCUGACUCGACACGGCCUCACCUCCCACCUCUACCUUUCUUCUGUCACAUAUUCACCACACACUUGGUUACCACCACCCAACCCCGACUGCCACGCCCGUCUCUUUGUUCACGACCCGUAACGACUUAUUUACCGACCGCCAACUACUGCUCCUUGACGGACGCCCCCCCUCGCCCGCCGUGCGGCGACUUAUUGCACUUCCGACAUCUGCAAAUACGUACAAAUGAUAAACACGACGAUCCUUACGUUCCUUUGAAUAGCACAUUUGCACCCGACGAAUUGAUUUCCGAGCAAGCGAGCGUUUGAGCGGCUUUCCUGUAUUGUUAUCUUGGAUUGGAACCGGAGUUGAAGAGAGUGCCCUCCUAUCGGGAAAAGUUUACGACUUGUUGGCGUUGCUAGACGUUGGCGUACGUGUGUGUUUACGAACAUUCGACACAUCUGCUCCGACUUCACUCUAUGGCUUGUAUGCGAGAUGGCUUUGAACAAGGACGCCUUCUCGAUAACGGACGGUUUAUAACCGUCUCACCACUCAACCAUGGAUCAUUCGGUAUGGUACUGGCCGCCAGGGAUACCACCACUGGGAAUGAUGUCGCCAUUAAAUGCAUCACCAAGCCUGGAGCUCCCUCCGUGUGUCCAGCUGCUAUCUCGACCGACGAACGUUCAGAGGAGCUCGCAAUCCAUUCCAAGCUGCCACGUCAUCCCCACAUUGUGAACAUGAUCACCAGCUUCGAGACCAACAACCACCAAUAUAUGGUUCUGGAACUCUGCAGCAAUGGCGAUUUGUACGAAGCCAUUCGACUUGGCAAGGGACCUUUGGAGACUGGUCACGUCCGUGACUUCAUGCUGCAGCUUGUCAGUGCUGUCGAGCACUUGCAUGCCAACGGUGUCUACCACCGUGACAUCAAGCCCGAGAACAUCUUCCUGACAUCUGAUGCAACCAUGAAGCUUGGAGAUUUUGGAUUGGCAACUACUGAGACCUGGUCUACUGAAUUUGCCGUGGGCUCCGACCGCUACAUGGCACCAGAGCAGUACGAUGCUGGCGUUUACGGCUAUGGAUAUUCUCCGGCAGCAGCUGAUAUUUGGGCAAUCGGUAUUGUCUUGCUAAAUGUCAUCUUCCAGCGCAACCCUUUUGCUGUUCCCACACCAAAGGACCCACUGUUCAACGACUUUGCUCGCGAUCGCCAAAGCAUGUUCGACGUCUUUCCAAACAUGAGCCAGGACACCUACAACAUCUUGCAACAUUCUCUGGCUCUAGAUCCUGCCAACAGGUCACUUUCGGCCGUCCGCGAGGCUCUUGAGAAUGUAGUCAGCUUUACGACAGACGACGAGGUCCUGGACGAUGAUUUCUGCACCAACGAGACUGAGCUUGUACCCGUUGCUACUGCUGCUCGUGAGCCUCUCCGUACGCCGUCGCUCACCAGUCCCAACCUAUCAUCUGGCGACUCCUUCCCAUGGGCCACUGCUCUGCUUAAGACGCCUCAGAAGCAGUCACGACAGCUGUCAACCAUCCGUGACGAGGACUUCGACCUGUUCCCAGAAUCCGCCAACAACUCAGAAUGGCAGUAUGUCGAUACUGACGAGGCCUCACUGUCUUCCAACCUCGAUUCUGGGCUCGGCAUGUCUUACAAAUCCACCAAGUCUUCCAAGUCGAUGCAAUCAAUCGACUCUGCUAAGCGCAUGUCUGGCUUCGUGGGAUCCUUGCCAAUCAGCUUCUCUCGUCCCUCCACCAAGUCGUCUCCAUAUGUUGCCAACGGCUUCUCUAAGAGCUGGAGUGACUUGUGGGAUGAGGAAGAGGAAAUGCAGAUCGAAGAGCAUCCACUCGAAGAUGCUGGCAUCGGAGCAAGCAUGGACAUUGACCGCGUUACUAUUGCCAAGCCAUGCACGCCUCAGCUUCCAACUGUGACCGAAGAUGGUCGUGGAAGUGUGACCCCUCGUCAAGCUUUCGCAACCAUUGAUGCUAAUGUCGGCGCUGCGACACCCUUGCGGGAGUCAGUCAACCUCAGCGAUGUCAAGCCAGAGGAGAAGCCUGUAUUGGUCAAGACCAAGUCAUCGUCGAUCCUCGACAAGUGGGCUGCCUUGGGAAGCUUCCGUCGUGCCAAGCAGCAAGAGUCAGCAUCCGUUGCGACUGCUGCUGUCACGCCGGCAAAGACCAAGUACUCUGAGGCUUUCGCAAGCUUCACGCCCUUCAGCAGCAGCAAGAAGGCGAAGCCGACACCCAAGACCCAGCAAAAGCAGCGUGAGCGUGCCCCAAGCUGGCGUCAAGGUAGCCCACAGCGACUUCGCUCCUCCUCCUUCAACAGCAGCAAGGUUUGGCAAGAUGAUAACAACUGGCGCGAGCACAAACACCAACCAAAUAUGAAUACGACGACACUGCCGAUGUCGAUGCCCAUGGCUAUGCCCACGCCUGUGCGUCGGUCGAUCGGACCCAAGAAGCGUAGCCCCGAGAGGAGCUUCCUUGAUGAUGUCCUUGACGAUGAUAUAAAGGACGUAGAUCUUGAGUGGUCUGGAUGGCGUAUGGACGACCUCCACUUGUAGAUUGACCUCGACUUGUAUUUCAACCUGGCCCUACUUUGUCCAAGAUGUUUCACUUCACACACGGCGCAGCUCUGCAGAGGGAUUGGAGUUCAAUAUGGAAAUUGCUAUGGAGAUUUGGAAAGGGGUGCCGGUGAGCACCCAGGGAGUUCUAACAUGAGAAACUGCAGAGGAAGAUACCACAUUUGUUUUCAAUAGGACAAAGUAGGGGAGGCUGACGAGUCCAGCUCAACUCGUUCUGUAGAAUUAGCUUCCCGCCCUCAAGAAGAGGUGCGAGUGUGAACAAUACAGAUUCUACCACUCA